UUGUUUGACAAGAAUCAAAAUAACCAACAACAACUGCUUUUGCCAUUUAGUUUGCAAAUUUGUUUACGCUAUUGUUUAGUCGAGAAGAAAGUUUACAUAUCGUGAUAUGUGUACCCAAUAGGAUUACGUUGAUAAAAUAAAAAAAUGAAGACGGAUCCUGAAUCAAGAAGCGAGUCCGAGAAUCUCGGACCCGCGGUAACCGGCGAUGUGAUAGGGGACACUGCGUAUAGCGAGCGCUUUGUAUUGAAAAUUCUUUUAAAAUUAGCGAAUUUGGAUUCUUUGAAAGAUGAAUUAAACGAAAAGGUCUUCGAAGAUGAUAUCUGCACUCUGUGGGAUAUGACGGUAGAAAGGGAUGUUGUUUUAUUCCUUUUAAAACAUAAAGUGUUAAACCUCUUCAAUUUUGCAUUGCCAACUGUAGAAACACCGCGUUAUAUAGAGAUAUUUGUGGGUAUAAUUGGGAAUAUGUGCUGCCAGAAAGAAGCUGUACAGACACUAAUAAAAAUGGACGAAUUUUUAUAUUUACUGUUAGAUUACAUUAAAACAGAUGACAGUUUGAUACUUAUACAAUUGCUGCGUUUGGUUAGUUCUGCAUUAUCUUCAGUUGACAGUGAAGACAUUGUAAUCUGGUUAAGCAUGUUUGUUAAAGUCAACUAUUCUGAUGCAUUGUAUUAUAUCCUCAAAAACUCAUCAAAUAAACAGCUUUUAAUGACAGCAUUAGAGAACUUAAAUACAAUUUGUUCAUAUUGUAACAUACAAAAGUUUAGAAAUCAAUAUUUCGAACAUUUCAUUCAUAAGGAAGUCCUUACUUCAUUAACAACAGCUUUCACAGAACUGACUGUUACACAGAAAGAGAGCUUAUCAAAAGAUGAAUUGGAGAGAAUUAUGGUUAUAAGUUUACAAAUGACUUUAGAUAUGGUUAGUUUUGAAACACCUACAGAAUUAUUUGAUGAUUGUAAAGAAAAUGUUGCUACAAUAAUAAGCACUGUAUUGGAAUACUAUGAAGCAAAACUUGUGCAAGACAAAGAAAUUGAUUCCGAUCUUGUAGAUUUAUUGGAGUGUAUUAACAAUAUAAUUGGUAUAAUACCUAUUAAUGAAGAAUGUGAACCAGAGAAAUACUUUAACACAUGUUAUAGUAUGUGGAAGGCUUUGAAAUCAAUAACAAAAGUAAAUCAAAAUGGCGACAGUAACUUUGAAGAAAUAGAUAAAGAGGAGUUUCAAGAGUUUGUUACAAAUAUGAAGCCAUCUCUAAGUAUGAUAAUGUGCAAAUACAUGCAGCAAUGUCCUCGAGCACAUCUGUUUAAUAUAUUGGACAAAAUUGGUGAUGAUAAUAAGGACAUUUUAAUGUCACUCACUGAUGGGGAUUUAAAACUUGCUGUAUCUAACAGGAUCUUGGAUUAUACAACAAGAUUAAAUGAUUUAGAUUCAUAGUUGUUUAUGGUCUUU